AUGCGAUCCUUUCUCCCCCUCGGCGCCGCUCUUCUAGGCGCGUCCACCGUCCUCGCUGCAGAUCAGGCCCAGUGCUCACUCGACAAGAAAUGCCCGAAAGAAACGCCAUGUUGUUCACAAUACGGCCAGUGCGGCGUCGGCGCCUACUGCCUGGGCGGCUGCGAUCCUCGCAUGUCCUUCUCACUCGACAGCUGCGUGCCCGCCCCUGUCUGCCAAGACAAGACGUACAAGAUGGACUCGCUCGACAAGGUUGUUGAUGUCGGCAAGUACCUCGGUGACGCUAGCAAAGCCGACUGGGUGUCUCAGGGCGAGCCGCUAUUAUACAAUGGAAAUGUCCUCUUGACCAUGCCCAAGGAGAGUGUCGGAACUGUCUUGGCCACCACGGACUAUCUCUGGUACGGCAAUGUCAAGGGCCGCAUCAAGACCUCCCACGGCGCAGGUGUUGUGACCGCCUUCAUCCUACUCUCCGAUGUCAAGGACGAGAUCGACUACGAAUGGGUCGGCACCGAACUCGAGAUUGCCCAGACCAACUAUUACUUCCAGGGCAUUCCAAGCUAUGUCAACUCCGGCAACAUCUCCCUCUCCAACACAUUUGACAACUUCCACGAUUACGAGAUCAAGUGGACUCCCGACUCCAUCACCUGGUUGGUUGACGGCCAGGUUGGCCGAACCAAGAAGAAGUCGGAGACGUGGAACGAGACCGCACAGCAGUGGGACUUCCCCCAGACCCCUUCGCGUCUUCAAAUCUCCAUCUGGCCAGGCGGUGCGGCGUCCAAUGCCCAGGGAACCAUCGACUGGGCUGGCGGCUUGAUCGACUGGGACUCCGAUGACAUCAAGAACCAUGGAUACUAUUACGCGACCUUUGGCGAAAUCACAGUGGAGUGCUACAACGCCGAUAAAGCGCCGGGUACAAACAAGGGCGUCUCCUACACGUAUGAUGACGCCAAAGCCACGAACGACACGGUGGUGGACGGAGACAAACCCACCGUUCUCAAGAGCUUUUUGGGAACUGGUCUGGACAUGGAUGCUGGUGCAUCGAGUGCCUCUAGCAGUGCCAGCGGCUCGAGCACCGCGACCGGCUCUUCCGGCCCGGUUGCCUCCAUUCCGGGAGGUACUGCGCAGGGGCCAGGCACGAACGGAGAAGCGGCAGGCGGGGGCACCAGCGGCGACGGUUCAAGCAGUGGAUCCGGUACGACAACAAGCCCGGAUUGCCAGCAGACCGGCUUUACGCAAAACUGCGGCAGUGGCAGCAGCAGCGGAAGCUCUGGUAGCAAUAGUGGAGCGGGCCGCAUCGCCCCAAGCCAGGACAGAAUUUUAGGUGCCAGCGCGUUUGCCGUUGUGGUCGCCUUCAUCGGCUUGAUGUGGCUCUAG